AUGAUGAAUCCUUACAUUAGCUGGGCUCUGCUACUCGUGGUGGCAGGUGGCCUGGGAUGGUAUUAUAAUGUCCCGAAUUCCAAAGCCAAGACCACCGUCAAGCCCGCGGUAGGGAAGAUAGAAAGCGCGACUGGAGUGAAGAAGCCAAAGAAGAAGGCGAAAAAAUCCCCCGAGCCUACUUCAUCCACAACGACCAAGAAGGUCGAAGAGAAGCCCGCAUUCGAAUACAAAGCUACGGAGGGUGAUGAUGGGGAUGAAGAGAUUGACCAGAAGGAGAUGGCCAAGCGUUUUACCGCUGUGAAGAGUGGAAUCCCCGCCCAGGUGAGCGGCAGCGAGGGUAAAUCUCAAAAGAAAAAGAAGAAGUCCACCAGCCAACUCGAGGCUGAAGAGAGUAAGCGCUCCGGAUCUCGCGUCUCGACUCGCACCUCCUCCACCGCUGGCGCCGACGCGGAUGAUGAUCUCUCCCCCGCGGGCUCCUGCCCCGGCGCGUCUGUCCUCCGUGUCACCGGAUCCAUGGAAGCGCCCCAGAAGAAGCAGAAGGCUCCAUCUUUCAAGCAGGUUGAAACAAAAAAGCAGCGCCAGCAACGGGCGAAGAACGAGGCUCGUAAGCAACAAGUUCAGGAAGCCGAGGCAGAAAGACGCAAGCUCCUCGAGAAACAACUCCACAUGGCUCGGGAGGCUGAGCGCCGCGAAGCGGCCAAGUCCAAGCCCAUUGCGCCUCAGAGCAACGCGUGGCAGACAAAGGAGGUGAACCCCACUUCCAACGGCACCCCGAAUGUGUCUCAGAGCCCCAACGUAGAACUGUUGGACACUUUCGAAGCGCCGUCCUCGAAGCAGUCUCCUCCCACUGCCUCGAGCUCGAAGAAGUGGGACCAGGGCCUUCCCUCGGAAGAGGAGCAGAUGCGUAUCCUGGGUGCUGAUCCUAUUGAUGACUGGACCACUGUGUCCAGCAAGAAGCCUAAGAAGAAGGGCGGAAAGGCCGAUGAGAGCUUCAGCGAGGCCAGUGCGUCUGAGACCCAGGUGACUCCUGCCGCUCCAGUGGCCGUUCCCGCUGCCCCAAGGUCACUGUGACCCCACCUAUAUACCCGAUAUUCUGCGCUCGAAGCAGAAGGGACACCCUCUCGACUCCGACUGGGCCGCUUAGAAGAUCCGUGUAUCAUUGCGUUUCUUUUUCUUUUUAUCCUUUGGAGACGAAGACAACGUCGUAUAAGAGCAGCACGCUUCUCAUUCCUUCCAAGAAUCUAAGCCUUGGACUGUAUUUAUUAUUCAUGGCUUUGGCGUUUGGGCUGUCUUCGAUAUACCACAAAAUGUCUAGUGUCGGGUGAGAUGGAUUCAUUCUACCACGAUUGAGCGCGGGAAGAAGGAAAGAGAGAAACAUGGUUGAAUUGGCCAGAAGGAAAGAAGAAACUCGAUAUGAGGAGAAAAAGAGAAAGGGGAAAAAAAGAAUUCAUGUAUUUUUCUUGUGUGUCUUUGUUGCGACCU